AUUCAGUUUUCUUCAAAUAUUCAUCGAAAAAACAUCAAAAGAAAAAUAAAUAAAAAAAACAUAAAAUGACUUCUAUAAUACAACCGGAUGGCUAUAUUCCGCAGACUCAGGGCGUUGAAGCAGCUAUACCAAUAUGGUUUAAGAUAGACUGGAGCCCGGAAAUUGAACAGGGCAUUUAUAAGGACUGGGGGACGUAUUAUUGUCGCCGGCGCCGGGAAAAUCUUGGCAUGCACUACUUUGACAAGGCCCUCAAACUCGGACCUCAAGACUUUACGACUCUAUAUCGUCGAAGUCAGAGCAAACGCAAAAAUGCGCUGACCGAAAGUGCUUUGAAUGACUGUUUGGAAGCGAAGCGGCUAUUAAAACUUUUGCAACGCAAUGAUGCUCCUAUUAAUUUGGAAAUCUGCGAUGCCCUCUAUGAACUGAGCCAGUUGGAAAACGCCAAAGCCGAGCUUCACGAUAACUUCCGUUUGUUUACUGGUAAUAAAUCAAAAAUUUUCGAGCAACGUCUAAUUGUGGUGGAUGCAAAUAUUGAAGAUGCAUGUGGCCCAUCAAUGACUCAGUUUAUAUCUGAAAAUGAAAAACUUAUAGUGCAACUAAAGGAAGCUCUAAAUAAGUUCAAACAAGACACCAGACCUCUCUGGAAAAUAUUAAAAGAACAGGAAAAAUGCGACAUUCUGAGCAUCCCAGAAAUCGAAGAUGUAAUGCUAUCACCCCUUGAAGCCGCGAGAAGGAGUCGUGCAUUUGAUGUGCUCAAUCAAAUGUUUUUGGAUAGGUCAUGGAUCGAUGUAAUAUUUCUUAAGCAUGUUCGAAAAAAUCCGAGCUUAUCCUUGGACCAGUGUAAAAAAAGUAAUGAGUAUUUAAAAACUCUCACUUUCAAGAAGUAUGACGAGAUUAAAAAAUUCUUGAAAAUGUUGGAGGCACGCAGUCCCAUGUACAACAUACGCUACGAGAAGUUUACAAACAAAAAAUUAAUGGACAAAUUUCGGCAGGAAUAUCUUUUUCGAGUUCAAUACCAAACGAGACGAAACAUGGCCAGUGCGUUGCGAAGCAUUCGAUAUUUACGAAAAACUAAGAACCUAACAAAACUAACCAGUUACGUGGAGGAAGUAAUGGGAGACUAUGUGGUGAAAAAAACUAACAAGAUUAUGCCGUGGAAAUUCGAAUUCUUGAACGAGGUAUACAACAUCUUGGCGUUGGCCUACGUAGAUCAGUAUACGGUUCCGAAGAACUUCCGGUUCGCAGAUAAAAAUGCCCUGCUCCGCUUACUUCGUUUUCCUAUGGAUAAAUCUAUGGAGGUAAAACACUUCGUAUUUGGAGAUCGUAGUACAUAUCAGGGAACUGAGACAGUGGAUCCAGCCCUUUCAAAAUAUCGUCAAGUGCUGAACAGAUUCGAGAAGCGUAUGGUUUUCGCCAAGUAUUCCAUCGAAAAGUGCUACCUACUUCAUCAAAUUGGAAGCACUCAUCUUCAAUCAAAUCGAUUUGAUGAAUGCUGCUUUAGUGCACGAAAGUCAAUCGAAGAGUCUAAAAACUGUAACAGCAACAUUUGGCAGUUUCUCAGCUACCUUUUAAUAAUUAAAGCCAAUGCUGCUCUCCACAAGAUCGAAGGAACUAGUGAUGCCUUAUCCAAGGCAGUUGAUGUUGCCGAAAAACUUAGGAGCAAAGAUCUACUUAACUUCCUAAGUAAAUGUAUAAGUUGCAACGAGGAGGAAUUCGUGGUUAAAAAACAAAGCUUAAUGGGUAAUUCCAGCCGGCGUGAUAGUGAAAAAUCAGUGCGCAGUUUCCUGUCCUCCCAGCAAAGCCUAUAGCCUUUUGUAUUACGUUUAUAAAACCAAAAAAUAUUGCAAAAUAAAUUCUCAGUGCAAUUAGUAGAAUAACACAUUAA